GGUUGCACCCCUUGGCAAGAUGGCAGAUAUCAAGCGAUCAAAUCUUACUUCGGAGUCGUCUUUCAAGGCGUUGUCCGACUACUAUGACAAGCAUGGGAUGACGAUUCAAAUGCAACAGCUCUUUCAGAGUGAUCCGAAUCGGUUCAAUCAGUUUAGUGUCAAUCUACCAACUGGUGAGAAAGAUGAAGGAAGUCUGCUUGUCGAUUUCUCCAAGAACCUCAUCGAUGCUGAAGUUCUCAAGCUUCUUUUGAACUUGGCAAGGGAGCGUAAAGUGCCAGAGAUGAGGGAUGCGAUGUUCAGCGGUGAAAAAAUCAACUUCACUGAAGUGAGAGCAGUACUUCACACAGCGCUACGCAACAGGUCCAACACAGCCACUCACGUUGACAGCAAAGAUGUGAUGCCAGAUGUCAACAAAGUUUUAAAACAGAUGCGUGAGUUCACAGACAGCGUGAGAAGUGGUGCUUGGUUGGGAUAUACUGGUGAGAGAAUCACCGAUGUUGUCAAUAUUGGUAUUGGUGGAUCAGAUCUGGGUCCAUAUAUGGUGACUGAAGCUCUUACGCCCUACGGAGAUGGGCCCAGAGUACACUUCACCUCCAAUGUGGAUGGGACGCACAUCGCCAAGACACUGAAGAAUCUUCGACCCGAGUCGACACUCUUCAUCAUUGCCUCAAAGACGUUCACAACAUUGGAGACGAUCACGAAUGCCAACUCAGCAAAGCAGUGGUUCUUAGGUCAUGCAAAAGAUCCUGCCCAUGUUGCCAAGCACUUCGUGGCCCUCUCGACUAACGGACCCAAAGUAAAGGACUUUGGCAUCGAUGAGAAAAAUAUGUUUGAGUUUUGGGAUUGGGUCGGUGGGCGCUACUCCCUCUGGUCUGCCAUUGGUCUAACCAUAGCUUGUUACGUUGGCAUGGAUAACUUUGAACGUCUGCUUGCUGGAGCCCAUUUUAUGGACAACCACUUCAGGACAGCACCUCUUGAACAAAAUAUCCCAGUAUUGCUGGCAGUGAUAGGCGUCUGGUACAUUAACUUCCACAAGGCUGAGACCCAUGCCCUGCUGCCCUACGACCAGUACAUGCAUCGAUUUGCUGCGUACUUCCAACAAGGGGACAUGGAAUCGAACGGCAAGUCCGUCACGCGAAGUGGUCAGAAUGUCAACUAUCAUACUGGACCGAUAGUGUGGGGAGAACCUGGUACAAAUGGACAGCAUGCAUUCUACCAGCUCAUUCAUCAAGGUACCCGUUUGAUCCCGUGUGACUUCCUCGCCCCAGUCAACACCCACAACCCAGUACAGAAUGGCCUACACCAUGAGCUCCUGCUCUCGAACUACCUGGCUCAGACUGAAGCUCUCAUGUUGGGCAAGACGCGAGAUGUGGUCGAGGCUGAGUUAACAAAGGCUGGCAAAGAUCAGGAUUUCAUUUCUAGAGUUUUACCCCACAAGGUUUUCGCAGGAAAUAAGCCAAGCAAUUCGAUCCUCUUCAACAAGUUAACACCCUUUAUGCUUGGAGCAUUGUUAGCAAUGUAUGAACAGAAGAUUUUCACCCAAGGAGUCAUUUGGGAUGUCAACUCUUACGAUCAGUGGGGUGUGGAGCUUGGUAAAGAACUUGCACUGAAAGUCCAUGCAGAUCUGAAGGGAGAUGCGCCAGUCAAGAACCAUGACGCCUCAACAAACGGUCUCAUCAACUUCAUCAAGGCUAAUCGCAAAUGAAAGACUUUGGCCCCGCUAUGAAAUCUACCAUCUUGGAGUGACCCCUGACCUCAUACUGUUUUAAGAGAUUGUUUAUUUUUGCAUUGGAACUAUGCUACAGCUGCUCGAACUAAUUAUUUUGGGGAGUUUCAUGUUAUUUGUUAUUAUUAUAGGCCCCAGAUCCCGUCUGGGGACUAUAUUGUUAUCACUGGAAUUCUCGAAACUGUUAUUUUCUUCCACCAACACAUUUAUUGCGGUAGUCCAGCAAAACGGCUAAAUAAACCAGAAAUCAAUCACCCUUACACCACCAAACCCAAUUCCAUCUAUGGACUAUCGCAAAAGUAUUUUAAAAAUCCUGAGUAUUUCGAUACUUUUGAAGCAUUUUUUGCUGAGAUUCGUCUGAUCGUCUUCUCCCAACAUGCCGAAGCCGCGAUUCAAUCUGACAUGCGCUGUGACAUGCGCAGAGGCGAGACGCUGAUACAUUAGCAUAAGCUCCGCCCCGUCAUAAUGACGUCAUUAUUCUCAGGAGUUGGUCGAGCGAUGGGACGAUGGUAUUAUAAAGAAACCCAAUUCGAUUCAUGGACUAUCGCAAAAAUUUUCAAAAUUCAGAAUAUUUCCCGAUGCUUUAGAUGCGUUUUUAUGACUCCAGCUCCUCAGUUGGAGUCAGUAUUGUUUUCGCUCAGGUUUCUCGUACAAUCACGUGACCUCUCCAACACUCGAUAAUGCACUCAUUCGUCCACGUUUGAGGCCAAUCUUCGGCAUGAACAUGAAAUCUAAUAAGCGCAGUACUUAAAUCAGAUGUUUCUCUCGCCUUGAAAACAUUCCUGGGUAAAAUCCAUUGAGAUCAGCCGAGUUAAUCUACUUUUUCCGUGCUUAAAAUCUCUGCCGCUGAAUUCUAUAAAUAGAAACUAUUAACAUCGCGGCAGUGUGGUUCCCAUUGUGCGCCCUCCCACUUCACACCAUGUCAGGAAGUUUUACGGAGAGGGAGGGCGCGCGGUAAGAAGAAUAGCCAAAAUGACGUCACGUUUUCCUGGCAAUGCCUCUUGCGAGACCAGUCAAGCAUUGGGAAAGCAUCUUUAAUUCAGACAACGUUAGAACUAGAAAAACGAAUAUGUUAAUUUGCAAAAGUAAAAGCAGAUUUCACCACUAACCAGUCAAAUCGGAAUACGACGGCGCAAAAUGUCGCUUUCUACUCUGUUGACAUGACGACUACCUGGAUUAGUUUGCCAUGAAGAAAAAGUUUCUUAAGUUAUAUCGCUUGUACUGAAGUCUUGCUUAAUUUAGCACCAAUAGAGUUAAAUUAUUUUACGGCACUUAUGAAACAAGGCCCAAGGCUAUUCAGGGGGAUGAAAUAUUUGGAAAUGAUAGGUGCCAUAUACAUGUAGUUAUGUUUUCUCGGUUCUUGCAUUAAUCAAAUUAUAAUCUUAAACUAAAUUGUACUGUCAAAAGUAAAAGCCGAUCGUCAGUAAUAUGUGCUACUUAAUUUUCAUGAUGUGCUAUACAUUGUUGUAUAGUAAUUGUAAAACCUUUCUUAUGAGUAGCACUGUAAUGUGUAAUUCUUGGAAUUAAGUGUGCGGGAUUAUUGGAAUUGGGUUCAGAUAAGAUACUGGUGGAUAAUCAUGGAAAAUUCCCACGGUCCUCUUAUAAUCCUCCAUUCUCCCCAGCAUGAUCAAUUACGUGAUCAAUUACGUCAGCAUUGAUGCGGCUCCUCAUUGGAUGGAGACGCAUCAACGUUGCCCCCUGAUUGGUGCAGACAAAGCUGCGCGUGGAUACAAAACAGCUGUCCGCACGCUCUCGGCAGAGAGAGAGAGUGAGAGAGUUAGUUAUCAGAGUGAUUACAGUUAUUCCAGUCUCCCGAGUCUUUCUAGUCAUGUGCACGAAUCAUCAUCCCGACGAACUAUUUUAUCAACUACAUGUAUGACUUUGGCGUGUUACAUCUUGUGAAGCAGUUUUAGAAUAAAGGAUCCGGACGUUAGAAGGUAAAUUCAGGACUUCUUACUUUUGUAACCUGUGGAAAUAAAACAUGUAACUAAAUCUAAUUGCAACAAUCUGAAAAUGGGCCGCGAAGCUUAAAAUGAUCAGACUGAAUGAUAAUGAAGACAGUGUUAUGCAAUUCAUAAUCAAAGUGCACUUUCAGGAAUGACUGGACUUGGAGGGUAAGUCUAGAUCUGUGAUUUUCACCUUAAACCCCAUUGUGACUCUACUCUAUUAUCUACAGUGUGUGUUAUUGGUUUGGGUAGGGUGACAUGGAGCGUAUGAUAUUCCCUUUUCCAAAAUCUGUG